AUGUACUCUUGGGUACACGGUGUCAGCAGUCACGGGAUUUUGUACAACACAUUCGUCUACCCGUUUGUCCUAUCUCCACUCAAGGGAGUAUCAGGGCCUCCGGUCGGCAAUCCGCUCCUUGGCGUCUUCCUGACCAUCGGGAAUUCGGAGCCCGGCGUCAUCCAACGAGAGUGGGUGAAACAAUAUGGCCCUUUCGUCCGCGCAAUAGGACCGUUCGGCCUCGAGAGACUUGUCAUAGUGAGGCCUGCAGACCUCGAGCGAAUCCUUGUGACUGGGUGGCUUGAAUGUCCAAGACCCGACUUCAUGAAGAACAUCUUGGGCAUGGUUGCCGGUUGUGGAUUAUUGACUGUCACCGGAGAGGAACAUAGAUUGAUGAGGAAGAUUUUGAACCCGGCCUUCUCUAUUCCAAAUCUCAUGUCUCAAACUGAAAUGUACUACGAGCCUAUCGAAACCCUUAUCCAGAAGCUGAAGACACAAAUUCGACAGAACGGCGAUAUGUCCAAAGAAAUACAAACGCAUAUGUACAACUGGAUGAGUAAGGUCACCCUAGAUAUCAUAUGCAGAACUUCAUUCGGUUACGACUGCAAUUCGCUCCUGAAUCCCGACAACGAGCUGGCUGUAGCUUAUGAGAACCUACUAAAGCUGCAGUCCAACGAAACGAAUGCGAAACUCGUGAUGAUAAUGUUGCUGCCAGGUGGCCCUGCGCUCCUCCGAUCGGAGUGGGGAUACCAGCACAGACAUUGGUUCAAUAGGAUACCUGGCUUGUCACCGGUGUCUACCAUGAUGACAUGCAUGCGCCAGAUCAGAUCAAUAUGUGCACGGCUUUUGGAUGAGAAGAUCGCGGAAUCGCUCAAUGUACAUGACAUUGCUGGCAAGAAGGAUAUCAUGUCGUUGCUGCUGAAUGCCCGGGCGUCUGAUAGGAAUCCUUUGGAUUCUGAUGAUAAGUCCUCGGGCGGUUAUCACAUGGACGACCGAGCUUUGAUAGAGCAGAUGCUCACCUUCUUGGGAGCUGGGCACGAGACAACGGCUUCAGGUCUAUCAUGGGUCCUGUGGUUACUAGCGUCGCAUCCAAACGCGCAGUCAAAACUACGCGCAGAGGUGUUGCGCACUACUGGGUCUAAUCCCAGACCCGACUACAGGACUCUGAAGGACCUUGAGUAUCUGGAUUGUGUUAUUAUGGAGAGCCUGCGGGUGCUUCCUCCAGUUGCGGUGACCAAUAGGAUAGCAGACGAGGGUUUCUGGUUUAAUUCCGUGUGGGUGCCCAAAGGGACACUUUUCUGUUUGCCGAUCCGAGCCAUAAACACCUGGAAAGAUAUAUGGGGGAACGACGCUGAAGAGUGA